CGAGAUGCACAAUACCACGCAAGCUUCAGGUGUGAGUGACAAGGCACUCUCUCUCCCUAUAUAUAUGCGUGCGGAAUCCCUCCUCACACUCCCACCAAACCAAAUCACCCCCACACCAGACCAGACCAGACUCUCCGUCUCUCCCCAACAUUUCAUGCAAAAGGCUCUGUGCAACCUAGGGCUAAACUCUCCUUUACAACAUGGUGUUUCAAGGCAAGAAGCUCAUCAACGACCCCAACGAUGUUGUGACUGAGUUCAUUGAGGGUCUUGUGGAAACGUAUCCUGGGAUGCAGUUCUUAGAUGGUUUCCCUGAGGUGAAGGUUGUCUUACGUGCUGAUGUUUCACGUUCAACAUAUGAUAAAGUUGCAAUUAUAUCAGGAGGUGGAAGUGGUCAUGAGCCUGCACAUGCUGGAUUCGUGGGGGAGGGAAUGCUUACAGCAGCUAUUUGUGGGGAUGUUUUUGCAUCUCCACCAGUUGAUUCAAUUCUUGCUGGAAUCCGUGCGGUAACUGGUCCUAUGGGAUGUCUUCUAAUUGUCAAGAAUUAUACUGGCGAUCGAUUAAAUUUUGGUUUGGCUGCCGAGCAAGCAAAAUCUGAAGGUUAUAAAGUGGAGACUGUAAUAGUAGGAGAUGACUGUGCUUUACCUCCACCUCGUGGCAUAGCUGGGCGAAGAGGACUGGCUGGAACUAUUCUCAUUCAUAAGGUUGCUGGAGCUGCUGCUGCUGCUGGCCUUUCUCUUGCUGAUGUUGCUACUGAAGCAAAGUGCGCAUCAGAAAUGGUUGGAACGAUGGGUGUUGCUCUAACUGUUUGCACGUUGCCUGGACAGGUUACAUCAGAUCGGCUGGGUCCUGGGAAAAUGGAACUUGGACUUGGAAUUCAUGGUGAACCUGGUGCUGCGGUAGCUGAUAUUCAGCCUGUGGAUGUGGUGGUUUCUCAUGUUCUUGAUCAAAUUCUCUCACCGGAAACGAACUAUGUUCCCAUUACUCGAGGUAACAGGGUGGUGCUCAUGAUCAAUGGGUUAGGAGCCACCCCUAUGAUGGAACUAAUGAUUGCGUCUGGAAAAGCAGUGCCAAAAUUGCAGCUUGAACAUGGACUGGCUGUUGAUAGAGUAUAUACAGGGUCAUUCAUGACAUCUAUUGAUAUGGCAGGUUUUUCAAUAACCAUCAUGAGGGCAGAUGAAACUAUUUUGCAACGCCUGGAUGCUGCAACCAAGGCUCCAUAUUGGCCUGUUGGAGUUGCUGCAGGUAAUCAUCCACCUGCCAAGAUUCCUGUCCCAAUGCCACCAUCCCGUUCAACAAAGAGUGAUGAGUCAUUAAGUCGACCACCACAACUAAACCGACAAGGCCAGAUUCUUGAGGUUGCUAUUGAAGCAGCAGCAAAUGCAGUCAUCGAUCUAAUGGACAGUCUGAAUGAUUGGGAUAGCAAAGUAGGUGAUGGUGACUGUGGGUCAACGAUGUAUAGAGGUGCAACAGCAAUUCUGGAGGACAUCAAAAAUUAUCCUCUGAAUGAUGCUGCACAAACAGUGAACGAACUUGGAUCAUCUGUUAGAAGAGUUAUGGGAGGAACGAGUGGGAUAAUAUAUACCAUAUUUUUCAAGGCAGCAUAUGCACAGUUGACAGCAAGCUCCCAGUCAAUUGUCACAGCAAAACAAUGGGCUGAAGCACUUGAAGCUUCCAUUGCUGCAGUCAGUAAAUAUGGUGGAGCGAGUGCUGGUUAUCGCACAUUGUUAGAUGCCCUUAUUCCAGCAUCAGCAAUGCUUCAGGAGAGGUUAAAUGCUGGGGAUGAUCCUUGCACUGCUUUUGUUCUCUCGUCCGAAGCAGCAUGUAAUGGAGCUGAAUCAACUAAGCAUAUGCAGGCACAGGCUGGCCGUUCAACCUAUAUCUCCGGGGAGAUCCUUGCAUCAGUUCCAGAUCCUGGUGCAAUGGCUGCAGCUACGUGGUACAGAGCAGCAGCUUUAGCCGUUAAGGAGAAAUACGGGGCUUCAUCAUGAGCCAAUGUGUGCCUCCUGCAAUUCCUGCUCCCUUUUUAGCUGCGGGUUUGACACAGAUUUUAGUCAUGGUUUUCCGGUAGUCUUUAACAAAUUAGGCUCUCCGCAUAUGCUUCUCGAGCAUGAAGCUGAGAGAGCGAGCCUGAUCUUUACGUAUCAAAACUUUUUCUUUAGAGAGACACAGAGUCGAGGGGGAGAGGAUGUAACUUGAUAAGUUUUGGUAACAUCAAUUCAGAAUAAUAUGCAAUUGCAAUCUGAGUAUGUGGUUGAACUUUCAUGGUUUAAAGAUGUGAUUUCUUUGAUCUGUGAUCAUAAUCAUUCUUUUAAUUAUCAUCUUUUCAUCA